GUAGUUCCGCACUCUUUCUUCUUCGUCGCCUCCUGCUUCCGUUGAUAUUUUCUUAGUUUUACAAAGCCCAUUCAUUUGUGGGAAGGUACUUUAGCUUUCUUUUAAGGAUUUUCUGUCCCCCUUUGGUUGACUCGGGAUGAUUGAACCGAUGAAGAGAGCCGCCGACAUGGCGGUGGUUCCCUCCGCCAUGAAGCGGCCCCGGAUGGAGCUGGUGGCGGCGGCUCAGUCCCAACAGCUCGUGGCCACGGGCCCUCCACGGACCUCCAGCCUGCAGGCUCCCAUCAUGCUGAUGUCAGGCCAUGAGGGAGAGGUCUACUGCUGCAAGUUUCACCCCAACGGAGCCACGCUGGCCUCUUCAGGAUUUGACAGACUCAUAUUGAUGUGGAACGUCUAUGGAGACUGUGAUAAUUUUGCCACUCUGAAGGGACACAGCGGAGCCGUAAUGGAGCUGCAUUAUAACACGGAUGGCAGCUUGUUGUUCUCGGCAAGCACAGACAAGACUGUGGGGGUGUGGGACAGUGAGACAGGUGAGAGGAUCAAGCGUCUGAAGGGCCACACUUCCUUUGUGAACACCUGCUACCCUGCUCGGCGGGGGCCCCAGCUUGUGUGCACUGGCAGUGACGAUGGGACCGUAAAGCUUUGGGACAUCCGCAAGAAAGGGGCCAUCCACACUUUUCAGAAUACUUACCAGGUGCUGACUGUGACCUUCAAUGACACCAGUGAUCAGAUUCUGUCUGGUGGGAUUGACAACGAUAUCAAGGUGUGGGAUCUGCGGCAGAACAAGCUGAUCUACAACAUGCAUGGCCAUGGCGACUCUGUGACGGGACUCAGCCUGAGCUCUGAGGGAUCGUACCUUCUGUCAAACUCCAUGGAUAACACUGUGCGAAUCUGGGAUGUCCGACCGUUUGCACCAAAGGAAAGAUGCGUGAAGAUUUUCCAGGGUAACGUUCACAACUUUGAAAAGAACCUGCUGAGGUGCUCCUGGUCCACUGAUGGCAGUAAGAUUGCAGCCGGAUCUGCUGACAGAUUUGUGUACAUCUGGGACACCACAUCCAGGAGAAUCCUCUACAAGCUGCCGGGUCACGCCGGCUCUGUCAAUGAGGUGGUUUUCCACCCAGAGGAGCCUAUAGUGCUGUCAGGCGCCAGUGAUAAACGCCUGUACAUGGGAGAAAUCCAGUAGAGUGUGUGUGUGUGUGUGUGUGUGUG